AUGCAGAGGACGGGGCUGACCUGGAUCGGCUACUGGUGGGUGAUCCUGUCCGGCCUGUCUUCGCUAUGUCUUCUGUCCGGCUUCUACGUUCCUCAUUGGAUUAUUGGUCAGAUCUCACUGAAUGGCAGAUUCUACACAGUCUACUUGAGCGCCUUCAGAAGAUGCAACUUUCCUGUCUUUGAUCAGGUAUGGUCUUAUUUAUGUUAACAUAGGCAUAAUUUAGAUAUAAUUUAUUGUUUUUUUAUAAUGUGCAGGCUAGUUUGGCCGAGGCAUGGGUUAGGAAAGGUUAGGAAUUGCUAAUCGAGACUAUUUUUUUAUCAUAGCCAAUGUUAACACCUACUACAAUAUAACUAUAAGACUGUAAAGCCUUAAAAACUAAUUCCAGGAGCUCCUCCAAUUCCGCAUAGUCAACGAAUGUGGCACCUACGAAGAUCUAGCCCACAUUCCUUCCAUCUACUGGCAGUUCAGUAUGUUAACCAUGGCUUGUGCUUCCUUUUUGUCGCUUCUCCUCAUGUUCAUUCUGAUCCCAGCUUGUUGUUUGGACAAUAUCCUCAACAAACAGACGGCUGUCUUGAUUGGACUGGUUCAGGUCAUGUCAGGUAGGGUUCACAUUGUUUUAAAAUGGCAGUUUUAAAAGUAUUAGGUUGUUCAAAUAAUUCUGAGCUCCUCUCAAAGCUAAUUUUUGGGGUUAGGGAGAACAGGAUUAAGUAAACGGCCAAAUAUUAGUAAAGCUUAUAAAAUUUAACAAAAAUAAUGAAUUUCAAAUUAAGAUUGACGUAUUUCAGCGGUGUCAAUCAGCGUCGGCUGUAUCCUGUUUCCGAUGGGCUGGGACACUCAAGAAGUCCGCGAUUCAUGUGGUACCAACGCUGAUAAGUUUCUACUAGGUAAGGUUGGUAUUGUGAAUGAUAACUACGUUUUUUCUUGUAAAAUUACAUCAAUUUCCCUACACCUACUGAUAUUUGAGUAUUUUAAAAAUAAUUUUCGGUAAAAAGCUUUUGCGUGUCGAGUCUUCUCUUUUUUGGUCAAGUGUUUUUUGUUAUUGUCCCAAAUGUUUUUUAUGUGUAAAGUGGUGAAACAUCACAGGUUUUAAAAAUUCCGUUGAUUAAAAUGUUCAAAAAAUAAUAAUUAAUUGUUUUACAUGAGCAGAUUUUCAAAAAACUAUUUUUUGACACCUUUAUUCAUAAAAGUCUGAUGUAUAUGAAUUUGAUUUUGAAGGUUAGUGCUAGUCUAAAAGAGGAGGGUGAUAAAUAUUUUACAAGUUUACUUUUAAUAACUAAAUUUUCGAUUUACAUUAUCCAUCACACCUUCAGGCGACUGUGAACUUGGCUGGGCCUAUAUAAUCCUACUGGUUGGAGCAGGCCUUAUGUUAGUAUGUGGAGCUUUAUCAGUGUGUGGAGCUCGGUCAUUCCGACAAAAAUCAUGGUACAAUAACCAAGAUGCUAUCCUACAGCCUUGUCGUCAACUAAAGCGCGACAGUUUCGAUGCUCAAGCCUUGAUCAACAACAAUCUAUUUAUCGAGGAUCGACCGGUCGGUUCCGUUCAUUCACAUUUGGUGCGGCAUUCACGGCAAAGUGAUUUGAUAUAAUCAUUUUUAUGGUUUUUACUAUGACUACUUUUACAUGACUUAUUUUAUUGUUUUAGUUUGUCGUAUAUUAACUUUGAUAUACCUAUGUUUAUACUGUUAUAUUUACUACAAUGUCUUUCCUAUCAUAAUACGGGUCUAAAAUACGGGUUUUGAAAUAAAGUUUUAUUGAUUUUGUGAAUUAUAUAUAUUUUAAACUGUUUUAUAUUAUGAGCGUCAAAAGUUUUUGGGCGAUCUUUGAUGACUGCACGGUGCAACCAUUUUAAGAGCUGCACGGUGCAGUAAAUUGAUAAGCCAGAAAUGACAUUCUUUAUUAACUAUUACAGGGUAAAAAGGAUAUUUUAAAAGUAGUCUUGAGAAGCUUUUUAAUUUUCAUAAUACCGGUUAAAAAGUAACUAGAAAAAGGAAAACAAAGCUUUAAAAACAGAAAAAGUCGUUUCCAUAAACUUUUUGACCGCAAUAAUAUACUUUUUUUAAAUUUUGUAAUACAUUUUUAAAUUUAUAGUUAUGUCCUGCCAUAUACGACUUGAUGUGGCCAUAAAUUAUGAAAGAACUUACUAUAACGUAGACUUCCUGCUGGGACUCAAAUGGCAGCCGGCUGGCUGCUUUUGAAUGUAUUCAAACUUGUUUUAACACUACUAAAAUUACCUUUCAAUACUAUAUUUUUAUAAUGCUACUGUUGAAAAUUUUAUGAAUCAAAAUUUGUACUAUAAUCUAACAAAGUGUUCCAUUUUGAUUAGUUCAAUGUAUCAUACUAUCUAUAAACUGUACCAUAGACUAAAAUAUUAUAAUCUAAAUUAAAAUAAUGUAUACUAAAUUAAAUUUGAAUUUAAAUGGCUUGUUUUUCAAUUUAGUGGUACUAUUACUACUGUGUAGUACAGUCAAUGGUCUAGAAUGUUACUUUUGUCGCCAUUCGUUGCGCAACAAAGAUGUUAGUGAACAAAUCGAUCAGAACCCGGAAUGUAUGAGCUUCGAGAUGUUCUCACUUCAGAACUUCUCUAGAAGAGGCUGUAGCAGUCGAGAGGCAUACUGUGUGGUAGGUUGAGGUCAUGGGUAAUAUGAUACAGUAAACUAGAAGAUAAUAUAUAGUAGACAUCUCUUGUUAUAGGAAACACUUUGUACAUAAUCUAACAUAUCUAUUGUAACUAGACCUGUAAAGGGCAGAGAGCCGUUUAAACAAGUCAAAUCUUUCGCUGCGAGACCUAAGAUGGGACUCUAAAGCCUUAGUUUAGACCAGGCCCUCGGGCUUAUCAGUGCCGGCCCGACUCAUACCGGCCCAAGCCUAGAUUUUAAUCAUAUGUUCUACAAGCUUCUUGACCUCAUCCCCUUUCAGUCGCGCGUAGUCAACCUGAAUGGUUAUUUCCUGGAGGUAGCUCGAGACUGCGACGAGAACUGUAAGCCGAUGUGUACAGAGACUGGCUACGGCCUCGGCUACACAGAAUGCACACGAUGUUGUACUUCUGACCUCUGUAACAACUUUGAUGGCAGAGACUACUUCCUCCCCAAUAUGGUAUCCUCACUUGUCUGUGGGGUUACUGUAAUUUGGGUUUUGUUGAUUUUGAAUUUAUAA